AUGGAGAGACGAGACAUAAUUUUUUAUUUUGGUGAUUCCACAACUAAUAGAAUAAGACUUUUUCAAGAUGCACUAUCUUGUGCCAAAUUUGGCAAAGUAUUAUUCAUACUAUAUGAAGAGAUUCAAGAGCUGCCGCAGUUAUCACAAGAUUUCAGUCUAAUUAGUAAACAAUAUAUGAAAAUGAUUAGUUUUGUUUAUGCUAAAACUAUUAAUUCAUUAUUGGGGAUUUUAUCUUCAUUACAUGAAUGGCAAAAUAUCCCUUCUACAAUUAUUUUAGAUGAUAUUACAAAAUUUUGUUGUAAGGAGGAAAUACAAAAAGCAUGUGGAAUAGUAGCAUUCAUCAUUGAUACUGUUCGGAAUUGUUCAAGAGUUUCUAAUCUUCAAUGCAAACUAAGAAUAUCUAUAGAUGAAGAAGCUGGAGAUGAUUUUUAUAAUAAUUUAAGAGAAGUUCAUUGUGUAUUAUAA